CACACACACACACACACACACACACACACACACACACACACACACACACACACACACACACACACACACACACACACACACACACACACACACACACACACUGAUAAGAGGAGUUGCCUAGACCACUAUGUUGGAGUGUGGAUCACUUGGUGGCUGACCUGGUCCUCAAGAGACUAGAUCCACUUCUGGACAUUGCAUUAACUCUGCCAUCCAGCCAUCCAGCCAUCCAGCCAUCCAGCCAUCCAGCCAUCCAGCCAUCUUUCUCCAGUUGUCAGCCAUGCUUUCCUUCGCCUCCCUCACCCUCCGUCUAGGGUCCACAGGAUGCAGAGGAGGCAGGCGCAACCUGGCCACAAUUGUCUCCGGCAACAAGACGUCUCAGCUGGUGAGAGAAAGGUUGAAAGAGGACUUGGACCAGAUGAGGGGCCAGUUCCCUGGCUUCCGGCCAGGUCUGGUAGUGUUGCAGGUGGGUGACAGAGACGAUUCUAACCUCUACAUUAGCAUGAAGCUAAAAGCUGCAGCUGAGAUUGGAAUCAAUGCCAGCCAUGUCAGACUGCCAAAGACUGCAACAGAGGAUGAGGUCCUCCGUAGAAUUGUAGAGGUCAAUGAGAACCUAGAGGUCCACGGCCUCAUUGUCCAGCUGCCACUGGACUCUAUCAACCCCAUGGACACAGAGAAGGUGACUAAUGCCGUGGCCCCAGAAAAGGAUGUGGAUGGGCUGACCAGUAUCAACGCGGGGAAGCUCUCUCGGGGGGACCUGGGGGACUGUUUCAUCCCCUGUACUCCUAAAGGCUGCAUGAAGCUCAUUAGCCAGACAGGCACGUCAGUGGCUGGGAAGAACGCUGUGGUGAUUGGCCGUAGCAAGAUUGUGGGAGCGCCCAUGCACGACCUGCUUCUUUGGAGCCAUGCCACCGUGACCACCUGUCAUUCCAAAACAACUGACCUGGCUGCACAAGUGGGAAGGGCAGACAUAUUGGUGGUGGGUGCAGGCAAGGCGGAGAUGGUGAAAGGCGAGUGGUUGAAGGAGGGUGCUGUGGUUAUCGACUGUGGCAUCAACCACAUCCCAGAUGACAGCAAAGCCAACGGGAUGCGAGUGGUGGGGGAUGUGCAUUACCCCUCUGCCAAGGAGAAGGCUGGGUUCAUUACCCCUGUGCCCGGGGGAGUGGGACCAAUGACCGUUGCUAUGCUCAUGGAGAACACUGUCCAGAGUGCAAAGAGCUUUCUCAAGAUGUACCAGCCAGGAAAGUGGAACAUUUCCUACGCCAAGCUAAAGCCACAGAAACCUCAACCCAGUGACGCCGCGAUCGCACACUCCUUCACGCCAAAGACAAUUGGCCGUCUGGCCCGGGAGGUUGGCCUCUUCUCAGAGGAGGUGGAGCCCUACGGGACGACCCGAGCCAAAGUUCGUCUGGAGGCCUUGAACCGCCUCAAGACACAGCCUAAUGGGAAAUACUUGGUGGUCACAGGGAUCACACCCACACCACUGGGUGAGGGAACGACAACCACCACCCUGGGGUUGGCACAGGCCCUAGGGGCACACCUUCAUGUCAACAGUUUUGCCUGUGUGCGCCAACCCAGCCGAGGCUCAAACUUUGGGGUGAAAGUUGGUGCUGUUGGAGGUGGUUAUUGCCAAGUCAUUCCUAUGGAAGAGGUCAGUCUCCACCUCACCAGUGACACACAAGCUGUCAUGGCAGCCAGUAGCCUGGUGGUGGACACUAUCAAUGCACGUGUGUUAUGCGAGUCAACACAGUCAGAUAAGGAUCUCUUUGAUUGGCUGGUGCCACUGAGUGACGGUCACAGGAAGUUCUCCCUUUCCCAACUCAAUAGGUUGAAGAGACUGGGUAUAGAGAAACCAGAAACCCUGAAACCAGAGGAGAUAUACCGAUUUAUCCGUUUGGACAUUGAUCCAGAGACCAAGACGCUGAGUGGAUAUGUGGCCAGUGAGAUGAUGGCGGUGUUGGCCCUCAGUACCAGUCUGGGAGACAUGACGCGCCGCUUGGCCAGGAUGGUGGUGGCCUACAGCCGCAAGGGGGGGCCUGUCACAACAGAGGACCUGGGCAUUAGUGGAGUGCUGGCUACAUUGAUGAGAGAUGCUGUGAAGCCCAGUCUAAUGCAGACCAUGGAGGGGACACCUGUGUUUGUUCACACCUGUCCAUUGUCAGAUAUUGCCCAGGGCAACUCGUCCAUCCUGGCUGACCAGAUCGCCUUAAAGCUGGUGGGCCCAGAGGGGUUUGUGGUCACCGAGGCAGAAGGAGGUGCUGAAUUAGGCAUGGAGAAGUUCUUCGACAUUAAGUGUCGCUCUUCGGGCCUGCAUCCUGACGUGGUGGUGAUGGUGGCUUCAGUUCCUGCCCUGAAGAUGCAUGGGGGUGGACCUGCGGUCACGGCAGGUUCAGCCAUGCCGAAGGAGUACUCAGCGGAGAACCUGACGUUACUGGAAAAUGGCUGCAACCACUUGAAGAGGCAGCUGGAGAAUGUCCGGGCUUUUGGCUUACCUGUCGUUGUAGCCAUCAACACCUUCAGCACCGACACUGAUGCAGAGUUGGGCCUAGUCUGUGAGCAGGCUAAACUGGCGGGGGCCUUGGAGGCGGUGCCAUGCUCACACUGGGCUGAAGGCGGUGCCGGAGCGGUGGCGUUGGGUCAGGCGGUACAGAGGGCAGCUGAGACACCACACCAGAUGAACUUCCUGUAUGACCUGGAGAUUCCCAUUGACGACAAAAUCAGAGUAAUAGCAAAGUCAAUGUAUGGAGCGGAUGAUGUGGAGCUCCUUCCUCAGGCCCAACAGAAGGUGGCGCUGUUCUCAAAACAAGGCUUGGGCAACCUGCCCAUAUGCAUGGCAAAGACCCACCUGUCCCUGUCCCAUGACCCAGAGAGGAAAGGGGUGCCCACCGGAUUUACCUUGCCCAUCAGGGACAUCCAUGCCAAUUUGGGUGCUGGUUUUCUCUACCCCUUGGUUGGCACGACGAGUGUACCACCCCAAUCUCCAGCCUUCUCCUGUUUCCAUGACAACGACUUCAGCACUGAGAGCAAAUAGUCCCUGCCUCCUCUCGGAGUUGGAAAUCAUUAAUCUCAAGAGUGAAGACCUCUGUCCCCUCCAACUGCUGUCAGCAACAGUCAACCACAGUGCAACAGGAAACCCAGUGAUCAAACCAUUGAGAACUACAAUAGAACCAAUGUUCUUCAACCCUGGUCCCGGGGAACCCACAGGGUGUGCAGGCAUCAGGCGAGUUUGCUAGUGCUGGGCUGGAACAAAAGCCUACUCACGCUGUGGUUGAAGAACACUGCCUCUAUACACACAUUAUCAACCACACACUCAGUAAAUCAGCUAACUACCAUUCUUUGUAGAUAUACUGUAACAACCCCUUUCAUUAAAUGUGGACCAAACAAGGAGAAAAAUUUCAGAAAAAAAGACAUGAGAAGGAAAAAGGCAAUAUGCUCCACCUCACACCUGUUCUCCUGCUGUCCCUAAUGGACCAUGUUCGUUGGACUUUUCUCUUUCCCUUAAUUCAAUUCAACUUAAGGGCUUUAUUGGCAUGGGAAACAUAUGUUAACAUUGGCAAAGCAAGUGAAAUAGAUAAUAAACAAAAGUGAAUUUAACACAAAUUAAUAGUAAACAUUACGCUCACAGAAGUUCCAAAAGAAUAAAGUCAAAUGUCAUAUCAUGUGUUGUAAUUAUGUGCAAAUAGUCAAAGUACAAAAGGGAAAGUAAAUAAACAUAUAAAUAGGUUGUAUUUACAA